UUUCUUGCAAGCAGCCAGUCUCUAGCAAAGCCUAGUCUCUGUCACCUCAAGUAACUAAAAGCACAAACUAUAGCAGAAAGAAAAUUACUGCUUCGUACGCAGUUAUUUGUACUUCGAACCCCCUGAUAGAUGCUAAUGAUUACUGGCUGCUCCGGCUAACGAUGACCUGUUGGCUGCUUAGUCUUACAGUCAGCGCUGAUUAGUAGCGCUAACACUAUUAUUGGAGCUAACAGAGUUCCUUGACUGCUCAUGCCGAUAGUGAUAAACAUAUAAACUAGCCUUAUUUGUUAACGUUGACUGCUGACUGCUUAAGCUUACAGUCUCCUUAUCUUCUACAGAGAUGUUGAUUGUUAGAGCUAACAUUGCUCAUCAUCUGCUCGAGCUAGAAGUAGCAUUGUAUCUUUUCUUAAGGUUAAACUUCUAAUACAUGUUACUCCGCUCGCUCUGAAAACUAUUUAUUAACUAAAACAAUCAACAUUUUUAAGACAUUAGUCAUUACAGAGAAUUAAAGACAGGCAUUUGCUAGAAUUCGCAAAAUUUUGAGGGAUGUUCAAGGUCCCUCAUGCUAAGGGUUGCUUGAGAUCGGUUAUCAGCUCCCGCACUUCACAGAGGUCAAAGGCAACAGAUUUUCGCGUCAUCUUUGAUAGUUUUCGUGACACAAUUGGCUGCAGUCGAUGGAAGAUACAGGGCAUUAUCAGAAAAAUUACAGAGUGCGCAUGUGCAAGAGUGUACUCAGCACUCAUAUCACAUGAGUUGUCGGCGUGUAAUAUUUUGGUUCGUAGCUCGUCAGCGACAGCGAAAGCUUGGUAACCUGCCAAGUGAAUUGUUUGAAAAGGUGCUCGGAGUAGUUGCACCUGAGGACUGAAACCCAACGCUUACACAUUUCUCAAUCCAGCCGUGCGCGAGGAGAAUGGCAAGCACUGAUGACUUCGAGCAGAAGCUCACGUGCAGCAUCUGCCUACAGGUCUUCCAGGAGCCACGCCUCCUCCCGUGCGGCCACACCUUCUGCCAGGCUUGUCUCACCAGCUACAUACUCAGCCGCCCCCCUACAAUCAGCCAGCGAGGUCAGCAGGGUUUUCUGUGUCCGAUCUGCCGAGAAUUUGUGCCCGCCUCUGACCGCCUUUCGCCGCAAGACAAAUGGGCCGCCUACUUCAAGCCCAACUUCCUGAUCCGGGACAUUGUGGAGAUGUAUGGCCGCAGCAAAGCGCACCAGCAGCGCCCCCAGCGGCCCGUGUGCUCAAAGCACCGCAGCAAAGCGCUGGAGCUGUACUGCAACGAUUGCCGCGCGGCAGUCUGUGACCGCUGCGUGUCACUGGACCACCGACGGUGCGAGCACGUGGUGGAGCUGGCGGAGGCGGCGCGGCGAUCGCAGCAAGCCGCAAGGCAGCAGCAGCAGACGGUGACCUGGUUGCUGCGGCAGCUGGAGGCUCGGAAGCGGCGCUGCAUGAUGGGACGGCGUGACCUGGAACGCAUCGAGCGCGACAUCGAGGCCCGAUUGGAGAAGGAGGGACAGGAAGUCUUGCGCAAGGUGGCCGAGGCCGUGCGCAUGCGCAAAGAGGCGCUGAAGCGAGAAGCCCGGGAAAACUGCAAGGCUGGCGCCAACGUCAUCAACACUUGCCUACACGAGUGUGACGAGGUGGCCAACACCCUCCGGGCCUUGGACAGGGUGCUGUGUGGCAGACUCGCCGCUGACCCCCUCCACCUCGUGGGCGGACAGCCAGGGGAGGAGCACAUCAACGGCAGUCUGCAACAACUGGAACAAGCUGUGCAGCGGCUGGAGACGCCGUGUCACUUCACGGUCAAGCUCGUCAUAGACGACACGGCAAUGACCCCCAUCUUGGCCAGCCUGACGCUAGGGAAGAUCACCAACAAUGUAAAAGAGGAUGGACCAGAGGAAAGCACGUCCUCUACAUUACCGGUGAAAUCUCAAAGAGUAUCUUCUGCUGUCUCGCUACCUGCUUCUGGUACCUUGUGCAGUGCUUCCUCAUCCUCUACACACCCUAGUCGACCAGCCAGUCAGCCCAGUUCGCGCUCUUUUUCUCAGCGUGGCCGCGUGGUGUCCGACUCCAAGCUACCGGCUCUCGAUCGGCGGGCCUUGAACCCCUGUUCAGAAGACGAACUGUCGAGGCCCCCACCUCUUCCAGCAAGAAGACACAGCUUUACCAAGACGCCGGUGGAUUCCAGCGACCUCACUCAGCCUCAUCUUCGGGAGCCGAGAAGAAGAAAGUCGCAGUCUUGAGAGCGUUGUCAAGUACAUUGUAAUGACCCCAGGCAUAUUACAUCAAAUGUUCACAUCUCUCAUUUUCAUGGUAUCUUUUCUGUACUGACUGACAUGAAUUAAUUACAAACUGUUAAACGGGUACAAUUAUCUAAAUUUCGUCAUUCUCUGGAUUAUUUUGGGGAAAAAAUAUUCAGAAAUAAUCUAAAUUUGAUAUUUUAUAUA